ACAACGUCCAUAACAACUGGUGAAGCUAGUUCGACUACCGUAGCAGCUUCUUCAACAACUCUACCGCCAUGCACACCACCUCCAGAGUAUGCCAAUUACGACUACCAAAGUAUGGCAGCAUGGCACUCCGUCCCCCGAUAUGACAACAACACCUCAAGCACCAUGCGCUCCAGUAACCAACGACUACGAUAUGGGAUAGUGCUGACACGGCAACUCCCACAGCAAACGCCGGAACAAUGGCGAGUACCAUGGCCACCGCAUCAGCAAAUGAAACUACAGCAACUAAUUCUGAAUCUACCAGUACAAUUGGUGAGACGACAGUUUCAAGUGCUAUGGAGGAAACUGGAACCUCAUCAGCAACCAACUCGGGGUCCCGAGAAGUUGCUCAAAAUCGAGUGCUUCCGACCACGCGAGGCUGAAGUGUCAAAGCAACGCCUGAAUCACUACAAGCCUGGAACAAAUGAGGAAGUGGACAGACGUGAUGUGUAC